AUGAUAAAUUAUUUUAUCAUAUUGCUUUUUGUGCAAACAAUACAACCUUAAUAUAUAUUGGAUUAAAUCCAAGUUCUGAACCAUGAAUUUAAUGAGAAGCUUGAAUUGAAUCCACUAUUCAAGAGAAAUUGUCUGAAUGAUAGAGAACGUUUGUGUCAAUUAUAUUCAGAUUCCUUGUCACCAAAAAGCGAGGAAAUAAUAUCAAUAGUAUGAUAUUCAAUUAAAUAGUAAGGCAAAUGAAUACCUCAAUUAUUUUGGAGAUGAAGAUCCUGAUUAAUAUUAGAGACUUAUUAAUCAAAUCAUAACAUAAUAUGUUUAUAGGUAAGAUGAAUAUUAAACAUAUGCACUUGUAUUCUAAGGUUUAAGAGAUAUGAUAUAGAAUUCACUCAAUAUUUCAAUUGGUAUUAAUUCUAAAGAAAGAGAAAUUAUACCUGUAUCAGAGAAUACAACUAAAUAAUUUGACAUCUUAAUUACAUUUGAGAAUCUCUAUCUUUCAAAAGAUGGCAAAUAUAUCUAUACAAAAGACUAAGAGGGUGUGAUAUAUUUCAAUUCUUCUGUGAAUCUUGGAACAAUUAAAAUGAAUUCAACAUCAAUUUUAGCUAGUUAUUUAAAUAAAAAAAAGAGACUUUUUAAAACUAGAUCAAUGAUUGAAUUAUUUGGUGCUGGAACAGAAAUAACAAAAUUAAAUAUUAGUGCUCAUUCAUAAAUAGCAUACAUAACAUUUAUGAUUGAAGCAACACCUUUAUCUCCAUAAGUUUUGAAGAAUAAGAUUCAUUUUGCAAUUCAACAGAGAUUUAGAUAACUUCAUAAAAUUAAGAAUGAUUUCAUUGAAAAGUUUAUCAUACAUUUUUUACCAAGAUAUAUGCUUCCAUCGUUACAUGAUAUAAUUUAAAAUCUAUUAUAAAAUAAACCAGUUGAAACUAAAUAUGAAGAACUUUAAUUUUUAAUAGAUGAAAUAAAGACUAUGAAUAAUGAAAAACUAAUAGAAUUUGAUAAAUUAAUUGAAUAACUUUUAUAAUGA